GCAACACACCCUCCAAACCCCCCACCCCCCCAAGAUUCGCUUUGUUACGCGACGCCCCGACUUCGAUAUUUUCUCUCUUUCUUCUUAUUCUUCUCCCUUAAUUUUCUCUCUAAUUCUGAAUUUUGUUUUUUCCCUUGAUCCCCAAGUUUAUUCCUUCUCAGGUCCUGAUUCUAUUUAGAUCCCUUGUUCUUACUUUCCCUACUCCCUUCCCUUCCCUUCCCUUUCCUUUCCCGUCUUCGAAUCCAUCUAUGUUCCCUUCCAAAUACCGCAGCGCCACCCACUGUAAUUGCCAUCGACCCAUCAACCGUCUCCCUCAUCUUUCUUCCCCAAAAUGAGAAUUUUUUAAUUGCCAAAAGAGAAAACAGAGGACAUGAUAAACAUGAAUUAUGCGCAGAAAAUGAAGAGGUGUCACGAGUAUGUUGAAGCAUUAGAGGAAGAACGACGAAAGAUUCAGGUCUUUGAGCGCGAGCUUCCCCUCUGUCUAGACCUUGUCACACAAGCGAUUGAGACAUGUAGGAGAGAAAUAUCUGGUUCUACGACGGAGUACGUGCAUGGAGGGCAAUCUGAUUGCUCGGAGCAGACAUCCAGUGACGGGCCUAUUUUGGCGGAAUUUAUUCCCAUCAAAAGAACCUCUUCCUCUGAUGAAGACGAGGAAGAAUCACAUAAAACAAAAAACAAUAGCAAUAACAACAAUAAGGACAAGAAUGGAGAUAAGAAGAAAUCCGACUGGCUUAAGUCUGUUCAGUUGUGGAAUAAUCAAUCCACAGAUCCACCGCCACAAGAGGAUGCGGCUAAAAAUGGGUCUGUAGUGGAGGUGAGGAGAAAUGGGGGUGCGUUUCAACCGUUCCACAAAGAGAAAAAUGAUGAGAAGAGUGUUCCGCCAGUGGUGAAACCGACUGCCUCUAUUCCGGCGUCGACUACAAGCUCUUCAACAGAGAAUGGUGCUAAAGGGAGCAAUCAAAAUGUUAAAAAGGAAGAGAAAGAAACGCAGGCUCAGAGGAAGCAGAGGCGGUGCUGGUCACCGGAGUUGCACAGACGGUUCUUAGUUGCCCUUCAGGAACUUGGUGGUUCACACGCUGCAACGCCAAAGCAAAUUAGAGAGAUUAUGAAGGUUGACGGACUUACAAAUGAUGAAGUCAAGAGCCAUUUGCAGAAAUUUAGAUUGCAUACGAGAAGACCAACUCCAUCCGUUCAUAGUAAUGUCAACGCACAACCCCAAUUUGUGGUGGUGGGAGGCAUCUGGAUGCACCCACCAGAAUAUGCCACAAUGACGACAACAACCUCAGGGGAAACAGCCAGUGUGACACCAACAUGUGGAAUUUAUACACCAGUGGCUGCACCAAUACCUACAGUUCCCCAACCAUCUGGAAAAAUGUUGAAAAGGCCAAAACCAAUACAGUUUGAAGAAAGGGGCAGCCACAGUGAAAGGGGUGUCCAUUCGAAUUCACCAGUCUCAUCUUCCUCAACUCAUACCACCACUACUUCUCCCAUGUCAAAGUUCUAAUGGUAUGCCAUUGAUUAAAUGGGGUACAAUUUUUGUAAUGAAGAUAUAGACAUGAUCACCCUUUUGAGUUUUUUCUUUUUUCCCCUGUUGUUCUCCUGUAGUUCAUACCUCUAUAUAGUUCUAGUUGUAAAAACCGAAUAGUAAAUAAAUCACAUUGUUCAUG